AUGGAAGGAUCCAGCGGGUCUAGCUUUGGAAUAGACACUAUUUUAUCUUCGGCCAACUCAGCCAACGCUGCUGUGCUCAUGAACGGGGAUUUUCGCCUUGCUGACAGGACAGCGGAUUUCAGGAGCCAAGCAUCAUCACCAUGCUCGGAGAUAGACACGGUGGGUACGGAGCCCUCAUCCCCCAUCUCGGUCACCAUGGAGCACCCCGACCCGCAUAUGGUGCAAGACAGCCUGCAACACCACCACCAUCUCCAUCACCACAACCAGGCGCAAAGUUUGCAGCUCUCUCCUCAGCAGCAACAGCAGCUCGGCGGUGGGGCCGGCUGUGUACCGCGGACUGCCACCUCCUCCUUCCUUAUCAAAGACAUCUUGGGCGACAGCAAGCCGCUGGCAGCGUGUGCACCUUACAGCACCAGCGUGCCCUCGCCCCAUCACACGCCCAAAGGGGAACAUUGCUCGCCGUCGGACGGCUUCCGACCCAAGCUGGAGCAGGAUGAGAACAGGAGGAAGCUGGACAAGAGAGAAGACGACCUCCAAGGCGACAUGAAAUGUAAUGGGACAAAAGAGGAGGGGGACCGGGAGAUCUCCAGUAGCAGAGACAGCCCGCCGGUGCGCUCCAAGAAGCCCCGGAAGGCGCGCACGGCCUUUACCGACCAUCAGCUCAACCAGCUGGAGCGCAGCUUCGAGCGCCAGAAGUACCUCAGCGUGCAGGACCGCAUGGACCUCGCGGCCGCACUCAACCUCACCGAUACGCAGGUCAAGACAUGGUACCAGAACAGACGGACGAAAUGGAAGAGGCAGACGGCGGUGGGACUAGAACUCUUGGCCGAAGCUGGAAAUUAUUCCGCCUUACAAAGAAUGUUUCCGUCGCCCUAUUUCUACCACCCGAGCCUUCUCGGCAGCAUGGACAGCACAACGGCAGCCGCGGCUGCAGCGGCCAUGUACAGUAGCAUGUACCGGACUCCUUCGGCCCCCCACCCGACCUUGCAAAGGCCCCUGGUCCCUAGAGUGCUCAUCCACGGCCUGGGGCCUGGGGGCCAACCGGCGUUAAACCCUCUGGCAAACUCCAUCCCCGGUGCGCAGCAUCCGCGGUAA